AGUGAUUAUGAACUGAAAAGAUAUCAAAUUUUAUUAUUGUAUGUUUUGUGUUUGGUUUCUUGACAUAAGAUAUUGUGCAAGAAGAUUAUUGGAAGAGAAUCUCUUUACCUAAUUAUUAGAUUAUUUCUAAUUUGUUCCAUUUACUCAUUGCCGUUACUUAUACUGUAUAAUUAUAUUCAAAUUGAAUUAUUGUUUUAAUUGAAUCGAUGUGUCGAAGUUUCUGCUAUGAAGUAUAGUGUUAUGUACAUUUGUAGGGAUUGAACUUCGUCGUAAUCCGUCGUGUAUUGGAUUAGAAAUUAAUACGUUGCGAUUUUUGAAUUGAUAAGGUGCUUCUAACAUGAUGAAUAUAAAGACUUUUCAGAGCACAUUCUUUGUUCUCAUAUUUAAAUCACUUUUUGUGGUCUUACUCUUUCGAUCUGCUUUUUGCGCCCCAGUGAACUCUACUAUAUCUAAUAUAUCGUAUGAUGCAUUUUUAAAAAAUGUUACUAGAGAUAAUUGCGUUUUCCCUAAGGGGAUUGUUCUUCCACUAGAAAACUCACUUGACACUUUUCAAUAUUUUUCUGAACUCUUAAAAAUUUGUAAAGCUCCUGAAGCUAUGAAACGUUCUCUGGAGGCUAUUACGUUGUGCAAUGAAAUUUAUGAUGCUUUAAGAAACAUAACCUGCCAAUCAAACAAAGAUGUUGAAUUUCCUGAAAUAAAAAUUGAAUUCUCAGAUAAUGUUUGUAAGGAUAUCAAUUCUUUGCAACUUGAGCACACACUUGAAGAGAAAGGCCUGCUGCAACAUCUUACAGAUAAGUUCAUUUGUCAAAUGAUGUGUGAAGAUGAUUUCUUACCUGCUUGCAGAAUGUUAUUGUGGAGCUUUCAGCUACUGAAACGAAUAGAAGGAAUUCCACUUGUACAGACGAUCCAACGAAACUCACUCAAUCAAGAAAACAAUGCUGAUGGUGGAAAAGCAAGUAUUGCCAAAACAUUAAAGCCUAACAACAAAGAUUCUGAAAUUGAUAAAAAGCAGGAACCAUUAAACCCUGAUGAUGCUCCUGUUGAAGAAAAUUUGGACAAUAAAAUAGAUGGAGAUCUACAAAUUGUUAAUGAUGAUAAUGUUAAAAAUGAUCUUGAUGACCAGAGUUUGAAAAGUAGUAAAGAUAAGCAAACUAAUAAUGAGGAAAAUGAAAUACCUGAAGAACCAACAAUGGAAGAAAAGAAAGGCAAUGUUUUAAGUCUAGGACAAGACCAAGGCAUAAAAUUAGAUGAACAAAAAGAGCCUGCCCAAAAGGAAAAUGAAACUCCUAAAGCAAAAGAAGAAGCAGUAGGAACAAAAAUAGAGAACCCUGCAAAAAAUAUCGAUAAUCAGCUUGUCAAUGAGAAUGACAUUGAUGCAGGACCACCAAAGAAUUCAGAAUUACCUCAUUCUAAAACAACAGUUGUUAAGAAUAACCCAGCAGUACUAGUUCCUGAAGACAGUAACAAAACCGAGCCAAAGAAAGAUAUCACCACUGCUCAAAAUAAUUUGCUUCCAGAAUCUCCUAAAGAAAAUCUAAUGAAGGUUAUGCCAGUGGAUACCACAAUUAAUAGCAACAUUACUUUGAAUACUCCUAAACCAGUUGCUCCAGUAAUAAAUGAUGAAUUAAACAAAAAUCAAGUUGUUGUUUCUCCAUCCACUCCAUCUAAAGUAUCAGUUGGAGCCAAUGAAGCUAAAAUUUCAAUAAAGCCUGAAAUUCCUCUUUCAAAAGAUGAUGACAAAUUAAUUCCAACUAUCGGCAAAGAAGAUGCUUUUUCAGUUACCACUGUUGCUGAUUUGGAAAAGAUGGAAGAUGGAAAUGGUAUACCAGAACCAGCAGAUAAAGAUCCAGAUCUUUACAAUGAUAUGGAAAGUGAGGGAGAAUACUCCAAACUAGAAUAUGAUGAAGAUGGAUUUUAUGAUUCUUCAAAAAAUAAAAAGCAAGACGAGCCUGAUGGUGGAAAGAUAUCGAAGCCUGCUGUAGCCGAGAAUGAACCACCACCCAAAUAUGAUGAUUUCCCUUCAAGAAACUUCGUCCGAGGAUCUGGGGAUAUUCUUUCAACUUUUCCUGAACAGGAAGAUAGUCAUUUCUUCUUUUAUUUCCUCUCAUUAGUACUGAUUCUUAUGGCUGGGUAUCUUUUAUUCCACAAUAAGCAAAAGAUCAUUGCAUUGAUUGUUGAAGGUCGGCAUGAAAGGAGACGCAGGUCACAUGGACUUGGAUACAAAAAGCUUGAAACCAAAUAACUCAGAUUUUCACUCCAUUCGUUUAUUUAACUUUUUGUAUAUAAAAAAUACUGUUGUGUGUUCUUCCUUGUUUUGAAUAGUUGAAUGGAUAUUGAUGUUAGCACAAAAGGAUGUAGUUCAAACUAUUAUUUAUUAACUGUUACAGAAUUAAGAUAAAUUGGUUCUAUUGUGUAAUGAUUUUUGUCAAUAAAAUUGUUACUGAAUGUAAAUAAA